GAUGUGCGAAAUUGUGAUUACAAGAAAUCCACCCAUUUCAUCUCUAUAAAUAAAGGAUCAAAAUGAGAUCUGAGAACAAGUUAAGUGAGGAUUCAAGAACAACAAAAAUGGGUUUGAUGCGUGUAGUAGUAGUGGCAGUGUGGUGUGCAGUAUUUGUGAUGCAUGCAGAGUUUCCAGUCUCUAAUGGUGAGCUGAGUUCUACGUUCUACAAUGAAACAUGUCCACUGCUAUACGACACUGUGUAUGGAGUCAUCUACGAUGCUUCCCUCACUGAUACCCGCAUCGGUGCCAGCCUCAUCAGGCUUCAUUUUCAUGAUUGCUUUGUUCAAGGUUGUGAUGCAUCAGUUUUACUGAACAACACUGCUACAAUAGAAAGCGAGCAAGAUGCAACUCCAAAUAACAACUCACUAAGGGGCUUGGACGUUGUCAAUAACAUCAAGACAGCACUGGAAAAUAUUUGUCCAGCCACUGUUUCAUGUGCUGAUAUUCUUGCUAUUGCUGCUGAAGUAGGUUCUGCUCUGGGUGGAGGUCCAUCAUGGUCAGUUCUAUUAGGAAGAAGAGAUAGCUUAACAGCAAACAGAACCCUUGCAAAUUUAAACCUUCCAGCACCCUCUUCCACAGUGGAUGAACUUAUAGAAAACUUUGCUAAUCAAGGUCUCAACACCACAGAUUUAGUUGCACUCUCAGGUGCUCAUACGUUUGGAAGAGCUACGUGCAGUACAUUCGAUGAUCGAUUAUACGAUUUCAAUGGCACUGGAAGUCCUGAUCCAACUCUGGAUACAACUUACUUAGAAUUAUUGAGUGAGAUAUGCCCCCAGGAUGCAACUGUGGAUAACCUCACCAAUUUGGACCUUACCACACCUAAUGAAUUUGAUAACAAAUACUACUCCAAUCUUCAGAAUCUCAAUGGCUUACUUCAGAGCGACCAAGAACUGUUCUCCACUUCUGAUGCUGAUACCAUUGCCCUUGUCAAUAGCUUCAGCAGUGACCAAAGUGUUUUCUUUGCCAACUUUAUAGUGUCAAUGAUAAAAAUGGGUGAUAUUGGAGUGCUGGAGGGUGAUGAAGGACAAAUUCGCUUGCAAUGUAAUUUUGUGAAUGGGGAUUCGUCUGGAUUAGUUGGCGGUGUUACAGCCAAAGAUCCUAAAUACAAGAUAGUAGCUCAAUCUAAAUAAGUUAAUGGAAAUGUGAUGUAAAGGAAAAAUGUUGUAAACAUCUUUGCUUUAUUUAAAUAAGCCAAAGAGUGUGCAUGCCAAUGCGAUUUAUGCUAUGUACCCUCUUGGCAUAUAUAUUAUGUAUUUACUUUGCUUCUCUUUCCA